UGUAAUAGGCACAAAAGCAAUUUCGGGUUAUUCAUGUAGAAAAGAUGGUGGUGACGGCAGCUGCUGUACGUCAACAACUUACGAAUUUAGCGUAUUCUGGUGGUUCCCAUAAAGAUCAAGCGGAAAAGUAUCGAGCGAUUUUGGAUUCAAUAAUAUUGUCAUCCGGCGAAGAAUUGGUUGAUGCCUUGAAGAUAUUUAUUGAAGCAAUUGUAAAUGAAUAUGUAAGUUUGGUCAUCUCAAGGCAAAUUUUGACAGAUGUUAGUACUCGCUUAAUAUUUCUACCAGAUGAAAUAUCAAAGGCUGUUUCACAUUAUACAUUGGACAAGAUUCAACCAAGAGUCAUCUCUUUUGAGGAACAAGUAGCUAGCAUAAGACAACACUUAGCAGAUAUUUAUGAACGCAAUCAAAAUUGGAGAGAAGCAGCAAAUGUUUUAGUCGGAAUACCAUUGGAGACAGGACAAAAGCAAUACACAGUUGACUACAAGCUUGAAACCUAUCUUAAAAUUGCACGAUUGUACUUAGAAGAUGAUGACCCAGUACAAGCCGAAGCAUUUAUAAAUAGAGCAUCUCUUUUACAAGCGGAAUCCAAAAACGAGCGAUUGCAAAUUUACUACAAAGUCUGUUAUGCUAGAGUAUUAGAUUACAGAAGAAAGUUUAUCGAAGCAGCUCAAAGAUACAAUGAAUUAUCAUAUAGAACUAUUAUACACGAAGACGAACGGAUGACCGCACUAAGAAAUGCAUUAAUUUGUACAGUACUAGCUUCUGCAGGACAGCAAAGAAGCCGUAUGUUAGCUACCUUGUUCAAAGAUGAACGCUGUCAACAACUUCCAGCUUAUUCGAUUCUUGAAAAAAUGUAUUUGGAUCGCAUCAUUCGGCGUUCCGAAUUACAAGAAUUUGAAGCCUUAUUGCAACCCCACCAAAAAGCAUGUACGAUCGAUGGAUUGGGAUCAACGAUUCUUGACCGCGCUGUUAUAGAACAUAACUUAUUAUCUGCUAGUAAAUUAUACAAUAAUAUAACAUUCGAAGAAUUGGGUGCUUUGUUAGAAAUUCCACCGACGAAGGCAGAGAAAAUUGCUAGCCAAAUGAUUACGGAAGGUCGGAUGAAUGGAUACAUUGAUCAAAUUGACUCGAUUGUACAUUUUGAAACACGCGAAACUUUGCCAACAUGGGAUAAACAAAUACAGUCGCUAUGCUAUCAAGUGAACCAAAUAAUAGAAAAAAUUACACAAACUGAACCAGAUUGGAUAGCAAAAGCAAUGGAAGAUCAAAUGGAACUGGAAGGCUGCACCGUAGCAAGUGUAAAAGAAUCGCAAAGGAAAAAAUAAU